GCAUGCUCGGUGCCGGCGGUCCGGGUUCGUAUUCGCCCCGUUGCGCUGCCAGCCCGCUGCUGCUGUCAGACGGGGAGCUACCGCACCGCACCGCACCGCACCGCACCGCACCGCACCGCACCACACCACUUCACUUUCCCAUGGGCAGCCGGGCGGCGGACGGCGCAGGGAGCCACCGGCCCGCAGAAGAUGGCAUGCCAGAAGCACUUGGUGAGGAAUCAAGAAGGUUUACCAGAGAACAGAUCUUUACAAUGUCCGCAACAGCUUCUAUAAACUUCUGUUCAAUGAUAUGCUAUUCAAUCCUGGGACCUUUUUUCCCUUCAGAGGCAGAAAAAAAGGGUGUCAGUAACACCGUUGUUGGACAGAUUUUUGGAUGUUUUGCUUUGACCAAUUUCUUGUCUUCUUUAAUCUUGGGAAAUUAUAUUACGCAUAUUGGGGCAAAAUUCAUGUUUGUGGCAGGGAUGUUUCUUUCAGGAUGUGUGACCAUUCUGUUUGGAUUGCUGGACAAGGUACCAAGUGGACCAAUGUUCAUAGGUUUCUGCUUUUUAGUAAGAUCCGUUGAUGCAGUGGGUUAUGCAGCAGCAAUGACAGCAUCAUUUUCAAUCCUUGCAAAGGCAUUUCCCAGUAAUAUAGCUACUGUCCUGGGCAGCCUUGAAAUUUUUACAGGACUUGGACUGGUGCUGGGCCCACCUUUAGGUGGCUUUUUAUAUCAAUCAUUUGGUUACGAGGUCCCUUUCAUUACACUGGGAUGCAUAGUGUUGGUCUUGACACCUGUGAAUAUGUAUGUAUUACCAAAAUAUGAUUCAGUCCCUAGCAAGGACUCCUUUCGGAAGCUCAUUCUUCUGCCAAAAGUCUUACUACUCUGUUUUACUAUAUUUUCACUAAGUGCAUGCUUAGGCUUUUUGGAUCCCACAAUGUCUCUAUUUGUCCUAAAGAAGUUCAAACUCUCAGCUGGUUAUGUGGGCUUGGUAUUCCUUGGUUUGGCACUUUCAUAUUCCCUGUCCUCUCCGCUCCUCGGACUCCUAAGUGACAAACGGCCAUACCUCAGAAAGUGGCUGUUGGUAUCUGGAGGCUUCAUGUCAGCACUGUGGUUUUUCAUGUUAGGACCUGCACCUGUUCUGCACAUUGAAAGUCAGCUGUGGAUGUUUGUGCUAAUGCUGGUUUUGAUUGGCCUUUCCCUUGGUAUGAGCAUUAUCCCAGUGUUUCCAGAGAUGCUGCACUGUGCGUAUGAGAAUGGAUUUGAAGAAGGUCUGAGUCUUCUGGGAUUGGUGUCUGGACUCUUCAAUGCCACGUGGUCCCUUGGGGCAUUUGCAGGCCCCACUCUAGGAGGAUUUCUAAAUGAAAAGCUGGGUUUUGAAUGGGCCUCAGCUCUUCAAGGAGGAUGGGUACUGCUAAGUGGUCUUGCAAUUGGAAUAUUCUAUAUCACUGAGGCAACAAGGAGAAGCGGUUCCAGUUCCAGCCUACAAAAUCCUCCCGGUAGUAAUGAAGAAAGAACUUACCUAUUGGGCAGUGAAACAUAGCCAGACAUACCUUCAAUUUUCUGUUUACUAUUGUGGUUUAACCUAGUCUUGAGAUGAGUGGACUUAACAGUGUUUCAUUAUUCUGCAUCUGGGAUACAUGAUCCCUUAGUGAAUAACCAAUUGUGGCUUAGUUGUAACUGCAUUACUGUUUUGAAACACUAAACACUGACUGUCUUUAUUUUGGAAGUCCUCACACAGAUUGGCUGAAGUGAUGAGUAACCCUCAGAUGUCAGCACAUUUAUUUGUAUUCCAAAUACAGUGCACCACUGUAUGUGGAGAGAAGUGAUUUGAAAUGUCUGGUUUCUAUACUUCAGCCUGCUGUGCAUUAUCCUUGGGUAAAGCUACUCUUUUGCUACCAUGAUUUCCUGUAUUUUUUAAAAGAAAGUUAAUUAUCUUUUAAUACUUUAACCGAUAACAUAAAAUAUUUUAUGACAAUAUUCAAUGACAAAGCAUUAACCCAAAUAUUGCUUUCAAUAACAUAAAACAUUGAAACCAAGUUUGAAAUGAUAAAGCAUUAAGCACAACAUUGCGUUCAACAAAGCAACUUUUUUUCCCUAAGUUUUGUGAAUUUUCCUAGACAACAAGAGUCUAGAAGAUUUUGUGUCUAUCAGCACUUUUAUUGUCUUGAAAGUGCCUGAAGAUGGAAGGCAAAGAUGAUGAAAAGAAGACUUAGCAUCUCCACACAGAACUAACUGAUCUAAAGUCCUGGAAGAGACUUGGCAUCUUGUGUGUAUGUCUGUAUACAUAUAUGCACAGAUGUAUGUGUGUUUGUAGUACAUACAUCUGUGAGAUCCAUUUUAAUAAUAAAUGCCAGCUGGAGUGUUUGUA